AUGUCUGGCUCGGGCGGAUACGUUGGCACAGUCGAGGCCAACCAGAGCAAUGCGGAGGAUCUCUUGCGUGACAAGCACAACUACUAUUUGCAGCAUCUGGAUGACGACAAGGAGUCUCUUGAAUACAUGAUGUCUGAACACCUGCGUAUGGGGGGCGUCUACUGGGGUGUAAGUGCCAUGGCGCUCCUGCGACGACUGGACAAUGAGAGGCGGGACGGCAUCGUGGAAUGGAUCCUGAGGUGUCGAGACCCCAAAACAUCCGGAGGUUUCGGGCCGAAUGUGGGACAUGAUGCGGACAUCACGGCAACCCAUUAUGCUUUGCUCGUCCUUUGCAUCUUCGACGCCACAGACAAGUUGGACAGAGAAGGCAUGGUUGCUUUCAUUGCCGGUUUGCAACAACAUGACGGCUCGUUUGCUGGGGAUCACUGGGGUGAGGUCGACGUGAGGUUUGCAUACUGCGCACUUUCCGCGCUGACGAUUCUGGAUGCCCUCGAUAGCAUCGAUGUGGAUGCUUGUGUCGGAUGGAUUCUGCGCUGCAUGAACUACGAAGGUUCCUUUGGGCCGGUGCCACGUGCGGAAUCUCAUGCGGCGUACGUGUUUUGCGCUGUGCAGGCGCUGGCCCUUGUUGAUGCCCUUGGAGCAAUCGAUAUCGACCAACUUGGUUGGUGGCUAUGCGAGCGACAAACUCCCAGCGGUGGCUUCAAUGGUCGGCCAGAGAAGGCUCCGGAUGUAUGUUACAGCUGGUGGAUCCUGUCAGCGCUGGCUACCAUCGACCGUGUGCACUGGAUUGAUGUGGAGAAGCUGGCCGAGUUCAUCAUUGCUGCGCAAGACGGCGAGGAUGGCGGCAUUGCGGAUCGUCCUGGUGACGUGCCAGACGUCUUCCACACCUUCUUCGGACUUGCCGGGCUGUCCCUGAUGAGGCGGGUGGACUUGGCUCCAAUCCACUGCGUUUAUGCACUCCCUUUGGAGGUUGUACAAAGAAUGGAUCUUCCCCCCAUCUUGCCGAUGUACGAUAGCAGGUGA